GCUGCCGGGGUGCUGGGAGUCAUUAUGGUUUUGGUGCUGGUGAUCCUCAUCCCCGUUCUGGUCAACUCUGCGGGGACAUCUGCGCAUUACGAGAUGCUUGGCACCUGCCGGAUGGUGUGCGAUCCAUAUGGGACUAAGUCUCCGACCAGCACGGCCACGGCAGACACUGUGCGGGACAACGGUCUCGUCCAGUCGCUGCCCACUUUCAUACAGGGUCCGAAAGGGGAGCCCGGGCGUCCGGGGAAAGCGGGCCCCAGGGGUCCACCUGGAGAGCCCGGACCGCCAGGUCCAGCCGGCCCACCCGGAGAGAAAGGAGAUCCCGGGCGCCCUGGACUGCCUGGACCACCUGGACCCAACGCCGCCGCAGGAGCCAUCAGCGCCGCCACUUACAGCACAGUCCCCAAAAUAGCCUUUUACGCUGGGCUUAAGAAGCAGCACGAAGGCUACGAGGUGCUCAAAUUUGAGGACGUGGUCACUAACCUGGGCAACCAUUACGACCCGACGACCGGGAAGUUUACCUGCUCCAUCCCGGGGAUUUACUUCUUCACCUACCACGUCUUGAUGCGGGGCGGCGAUGGGACCAGCAUGUGGGCUGACCUUUGUAAAAACAACCAGGUGCGGGCUAGUGCCAUUGCCCAGGAUGCUGAUCAGAACUACGACUAUGCCAGCAACAGCGCUGUGCUGCACCUGGAGCCUGGGGAUGAGGUUUACGUGAAGCUAGACGGGGGCAAGGCCCAUGGGGGUAACAACAACAAGUACAGCACGUUCUCUGGGUUCAUCAUAUAUGCCGACUAAGGGGAAACUGGCCCAGCCCCCCGGCUCCGCCCACAUCUUCCUCUUGACCAAUUGUUAUCCUCCCUUUAUAUUUGUCCCGCCCAUAACCUGAGAGAAGAGGAGCAGGUGCUGGCUGAAACUUUUGCAAUUUUAUUGAAAGGCGGGUGAGCUGGAUUGGCCAGGUGCGUCUUUGAAUGGCUGGAACAAAUCACAAAAAAAAGAGAAAACUACAAC